UACGCAUCUCUUUCGCAUGUAGAGAAGAGAAUUAAUGCUUUCGUCCAAUUUUUUUUAUUUUUUUUAAAUUUUCAUGCACAUAUAUAAUUGCACAUGCAUCCAUGAAAAAUGUGUUUGUCCCUUUAUUUUCCCUUUUGGGACACCAUUUAAUUUCUUGUGCUCGAUUUCGCUCAUCUUCAUUUCCUCACUUUCCAUCGUCUAGCUACCCUCCCUUCUCUCACUAACAAACUAGCUAGGGCUCAAGAAGAUGCAACUGAUCAAGAAAGACUUAUCAUCAUCUCCUAUCUCGGCGGAGGGCUGUGAAGAACCGCCCGCGGUGGCAGACAUUGAAGCCAUGUAUGAGAAAGUGCGGGUUAUUGUGUCCGGCAACGCAGUGGUGGUGUUGACUAUCAGCGGCUGCUGCAUGUGUCACGUGGUGAAGCAGCUUCUCCUCGGGCUAGGCGUUGGCCCAACCAUCGUGGAGCUCGACCGUGACUCCUCAGGCGCCGACUUGCAAGCGUUCCUCUUCCGCCUCUCGGGCCAGAGGCAGCCGGCAUUGCCGGCGGUGUUCGUCGGGGGAAGGUUCUUGGGAGGCACCGAGACGGUCUUGGCAUGCCACAUUAACGGCACUCUUGUCCCUCUCCUCAAGGACGUCGGAGCUCUCUGGCUUUGAGGAUGAAUUACGUUAUGAUCAUCUGAUCACAACGUCUUGAGUUCUGCGGGCCGGACAAUCAAAGACACAAUUUGCUCGAUCCACUUGUGGUGUUAAUUAAUUAAGAGUUAUUAGUAUGGAAAUGCAUUAAGUUUUAGCUAAUUUAAUUGUUGCAUCGUUGAU